UCCUGCAGGUGGGCGGGGGAACAAAAACGUCUUUGUGCUUCAGCAGAACCGGUUCAGCAGGUCUGGACCAGACCUACAGGUCCUGGUUUUUGUGUCUCAGGGUCCCCUGUCGGAAGUGGAUCAGGUCUACAAGUUCACGUUCGUCAUAAAAGUUUUGUGUUUGUGUCUGCGGGGCGCCGUCUGUACGCUCACUCUGUUGUACUCUUGAUGAGAAAGCGGACACCGACCGCGGAGCGUGACAGCGGGACCACCGGCACUCUGCUGGACAGCGUCCCGGACCUGAAGCAGCGCCCCGGCAGCGGAGCAGCGGGGCCCGCAGCGGGCGGCCGGCAGGGCCCGGGAGAGGAGGGGAGCAUGGGGAAGCCGUUCCGGAGGUUGGGUCUGCUGGGGAAGCUGAAGAGGACGGCGCUGUGGCUGCUGGUCGUCUACAUCUCUGUCCCCGUCAUCAUCAAGCUGUUUCCGUCCAUCCAGGCCAAACUCGUCUUCCUGAACUUCGUGAGGAUGCCGUACUUCAUCGACCUGCAGAGACCUCUGGACCAGGGACUGAACCACACACACAACUUCUACCUGGAGUCUGAGCCGGGCCUGAGGAUCGGAGUCUGGCACACGGUUCCUGCUCAGAUGUGGAGAGAAGCUCAGGGGAAACAAGGAGACUGGUACGACGCCACGCUUAGCUCCGCCCACAAGGUCAUCCUCUAUCUCCAUGGAAACGCAGGGACUAGAGGAGGAGACCACAGAGUCCAGCUGUACAAGGUCCUCAGCUCGUUGGGACACCAUGUGGUCACGUUUGAUUACAGAGGCUGGGGCGACUCAGAGGGCUCUCCAUCAGAGGUGGGGAUGACAUCAGACGCUCUCUUCAUCUACGAUUGGCUGAAACGGCGGCUGGACGCCAAAACGCCGCUUUACAUCUGGGGACACUCUCUGGGGACGGGAGUCGCCACCAACCUGGUCAGACGGCUGUGUGACAGAGGAAGUCCUCCCGACGCUCUGAUCUUAGAGUCUCCGUUCACCAACAUCAGGGAGGAGGCGCGGAGCCACCCCUUCGCCAUGGUGUACAGGUACCUGCCUGGCUUCGAUUGGUUCUUCCUGGACGCCAUAACAGCCAACAACAUCCGCUUCGCCAGCGAUGAGAACGUGAAUCACAUCUCCUGUCCUGUGCUGAUCCUCCACGCCGAGGACGACAGCGUGGUUCCUUUCCACCUGGGCAAGAAGCUCUACAACAUGGCCUCCCAGUCUAAGAGCCUCAGCGGUCACAAGGUCCAGUUCGUCCCUUUCUCCUCCUCUCUGGCCUACAAGCACAAGUUCAUCUACAGGAGCCCGGAGCUGCCAAACAUCCUCAGUGAUUUCCUCGGCACAGCUCACCAACCGAUGGAGGAUUAAGGCUGAAGACGGUUUCCCGGUCGGACCGAACAUUCUCGCAUGAACACAUCAUUCCUUUGUCUUUCUGCGUCACACCAACACGGGGUUACCAUGGAGACUGGUGACUUUUAUCACUGUGGCGUGACGAGGAAGACGCCGAUCAGAGACGUGAAGACGCCUCUGGUUUGAUCCUGCACUGAGCUCCAUUCUUGACCAUCUGUGUCAUUUUCUUUUACUUCUGACUUGUUUUGAAAUGACUUCUCAGUUUGAAGGCCUGUUAUGACUUGAAUUAUGAAUUAAAGAUUUCUUGUUUUAA